GCUUCGCCCAAAGAAGUGUCCCGGUUGUCAGCCUAAUCAUGCAGUUUUUGGUUUGCCCCGCCGUAUGUCUUGCCAGUUUGAUUUUUGCGUUUUCAGCUAGCGGUUACGUCAUUCGACACGUGCGACAAGCUGAAAAAGGAAGCGAACUACUAGUGUCAGAAGUCUCAUUUAAUCAGAGCGCCCAACUAUGGGAAUCGCGCAUCCUUCCCGAAGCUUAUCUCGGUCCAGCGCCGGUUUCCAUCGCCUUGAUGGGACAACUCCUGGUCAUUUGUUCCAAAACCGAUGUCUCCCUGGCUGAGCGGCCGCCCGUCGGGGGAUACCGCUUUAUCCGCUACCCAUCGUCGCUACGCGCCUCGUUGGUGCAGCUGGCCACCGAAGCGUGGGAUACCUUCCAUGAUGCAUUUCGAACCAUGAGUUUCCUGCAGUCUGAGAUGCAACAGGUGCCCAUACACCUGCGUACCAUAGUGCGGAUACUGAAGUCCGCUCCGAUAUCCAUUAUGUCGAAUAUGACCAGCAUUUCGCUGAAAUUAAUUCGAUCCACUGGAGAAAAAGCGGCGUUACGAGCCCAGGGUACCGCUGAUAAGUUUGGCUUGAUCAUGAAUCUGACCGGCGAGAUUGCGGAAGCCGUGCAGGCUUGCCGGGGGGAUUAUGACAAACAGUUGUGGAAUGCCGAGGUGGAGUCAAUGCAGAAUGAAAUCAUGAAAAACGCCACCGACCGGCAGAUUCAAGAGCUCGAAAAGAAACAGCGCGAAAUAGACGAGGAGGUGCGCCAAGCUGAUGCCGAUUACGCAAAAGCCAUUAAAGAUCUGCCAACGGGCUGGAAAGCACUAGGGCUACUAUUGGGUAACGCUCUGGUCAGAACCAUAGAAACCGUAAUCCCCAUAGUGGCCGGCGGUACUAAGGGAAUUACGGGGAUUAUCUCGUCUUUUCUGGCCGGCAAACAGCCACCAGGGGAUCCGACAGCAACGGCAUCUGGUGCAGCCAACGGUCUUCGUCUCCAAACGAUCGAUUACAAAGAGGCCUCGCAAGUCCUGGACAUUGUGUCCUCCAUAGGCAAUUUCAUCGAAAAACCGGCUUCGUCGGCCGUUGAAGCGGUCGACGAGUUUUCGAGAAAAAUCAAAACGGUUUUAGAGGCGUUAUCGCGCAGUAUUGCGUCGGUACAGGGUCAGCGCAUUCGUGAUCUCAUAGAGAAGGCCAAAGGAAUUGUGGACCGGCUAAAUAACGGCACAAUUUCGGAAGGCGUUGCCAUCAAGAAGGACAUUGCCGAGUUGAAUAUGGCCGCAUUGCAUCUAUACGCCGAAGCCGAAGGGCAACAGCAAGGAGCGGUUAGCACACAUUCCAGAACGCAAUCACUGACGAACCAGAAAGGACCAUUUGCCAACGAGAAACUCAAGGUAUUUUUAGCGAUGGAAAAAGCCAACAAAUUAGCCAAAACCCAGAUGGAGAUCUUUAAUAGUCGACUGAACGAGUAUCGAGCAUACUACGACAUCAUCGGACGCCUGGCGACUCUCGACAUACGGACAGUCCGUUUUGACGAAAUCAUCAAGAUGCUGAAAGAAGCCGCCAAUGUGAUGAGUCAGUUACGCUACCACUGGGCGUCACUCGUGCAGUUCUUCGACCGAAUGACACAACAAGUGGAUAAGGCGGUUCAGCAUUCCAUCAUGCCAUUGGCGGAUGCGGUAGCGCUGGCAGGUGCCACGGGCAUGGAUGCUGCCGGUCGGAAUUAUAUUUCAGCGUUGGUAGUGGACGACGCCAAUGGGAUCUUGUCCCAGGCGUACUUUUUGCGGCUAAUGGCCGGAAUGUAUUUGGAUGUCCACAGCCGGCACAUUAAUACGCAGCUGGCUGGGCUCUCAUCGUUGGCCACAGUGGCACCGGAACACCAGAAUGCCACAAUGCAGGCGCUGUUACAGCAGGCUGUGUCGGCAGAGACGGAUAUAAAAUCGCGGUUAAUGCAGCAAGUGACACAACAACAGGCUCGUAUAAGUGAUGUUGUUGCAGAAGCGCAAAGAGAGUUACGUCAAACUGGAGCAACUACAAUCGGCGCCUAGUUGACUUUUAUUGGAAUAUUUAAUAGUUUCCCUUUUCUCUACAGUUAAAUACUUUUUUCAAGG